AAAAUGAUGUAGAAAAACUUGAUUUAAAAUUAUAUAAUGUUGAUUUAACAAUUGGUUUAUUUGUUGAUGAAUUAUUUGAAUUAUAUGAUUAUUAUUUUGAUGAACAACCAACAAUGUUAGAUAAAUAUCAAAAUACGUUUGAACGUUUAGCUGAUCGUAUAUCACAAUUAGUUUAUAAAGGUUUUGCUAUACAUAUAUUACGUAGUAGACCAUUAUAUAGUCAAAGUCGUUUAAUGGAAAAUACAAUAAAAAAAUUACGUGUUUCUGGUCGAUUAGCUGUAUUAACUGUUAUUGGUGAACAAUCAUCGGCUAAAAGUUCAUUAUUGAAUAGUACAUUUGGAUGUAAUUUUCGUGUUAGUUCUGGAAGAUGUACUAUUGGAGUUUAUUUAGGUAAUAUAUAA